AUGGCCGAGUGGGAUCCAGAUGCAGAUAUCGCCUUGGUAAAGGCAGUUGAUUGUCAUGGAGAAAAUAACUGGGAGGAAGUGUGCAAAACUCUUUGCUUAAUCAAUGGCAUUACGUUUCCUGCAAAGCUUGAUGCCAAGGUUACUAAUAUUGAUAAGAAUAUAGAGCUGUGA